UUGUUGGUCAUUAGCUUAUGGGUCCUAAUCGGGUCCUCAGCCGCACGUAAGUGAAACAGUUUGCGAAUGUAGAAUGGGACGUUAAUCAAAGCCGAUCGUAUUUACAUGUCCUUUGCGUAAUGGCUGGGAAAGAUGAUGAACUGGAAAAACGUGCAGUGGAGGAGCUGCUCAAAGAAGCCAAUAGAGGUCGGGUGCGUGCAGAGACCAUGGGUCCAGCUGGAUGGAUGAAGUGUCCUCUAGGAAGCACCAAUAAACGCUUUCUUUUAAACACCCUGGGUCCAUGUGCUGCUGAGCACCCACCCGGGAGUCCGCCAGCUACGCUGAGAAGAGUCAAAGACAGCAUGGAAGACGGAGGUCGACGGUCACGUCAACAUCACCACCACACUGAGGACAGAGAACCCAGCUAUAAAAAAGGCACCAAAGACAGAAGAGAGCAUCCUCAUUCUUAUUCUCAGUCUUCAAGGCACCAUGAUUCAUCUAUAAGUCAGUUAGCAUCCACAGGCCACGCCCUCCGUCAUGGCAGCCAAUCAAAUAGAACUCGAUCCCGGUCACCCGUCAGAGAUCACAAUAUGACUAAAAGAUCCUCUGACAGGACUCGGAAAUGAUGCAUUAUCUCUUCCGUAGAAUGAAAUGUACUCUCUAAGGGCUGAUUUAUACUGCUGCUAUGAUUCAAGAGAAACAGGAGAGGGGUUUAUUAGUAAGUGAAAAAGCCAAUGAGCCGAGCCACAUGCCCCUAAAAUCUUAACAUGGCCCUUCCUUUAUUAUUAUACUGAACAAAUCCACUGUGAGAAAUGCCAGAUUUGCUAAUCAUGACACAUAGCAGCAUGCUCGUUAGGUUUUGAAUGGGAUUACUAGAGCUUCAUUCAAGUCUCAGAUUAUUUGUCUCCUGUGUUGACAUAUCAAGACAUGAGGAAAUGAUGAUCAGUGAUGUAAUGACAUGCUAACAGCAGUUCUACACACACCUGGAGACGACACGACGUUUCUUUUUGUUCCAAGAAAACAUUUAUACACAGUUCAGUCAUGUUUUGUUCACCAUUGAGUAGUUUUAUUUAGAACGAGUCUGUAAAGUCUUAGUCUGAGUAAAAACCCUUUACAGUUGCAGCUGGAUAGUUCAAGUUUCACGUCAGUGUGGGGAAAAACUGAGCUAUAACUAAAGAAACCAAGACUUUAAAUUGAACUCAAAUAUCUAAAUAAAUGAAACAAAUAAAGCUCCUCAACUUUUGUUGUUUUGGUGCCACUGCCCCCUAGUGCACGUGUUCACGCCAUAAGGGAGCAGGGCAGGUGCAGAAGUACAAAUCAACCCCAAGUCAUCAUCUGUCUGGAUUAAUCUGUCCGCUAUAUCAACAGAGGCAGGAUUUCUUUUAUUCUACACUCAGUUUGUAGUGUGAAUUUAUGUUUUUAUUUUUAGUGCAAUAUACUGUACCGCAUAGUUGAGCGAUAUGAAAAGAUCCCAUAAUAAAUACGUCAGAUUUUUCUCUGAACAGCACAACAUUUGUAAAUACAGUUAAACACCAAUGAUGCUGAUAGACUAUUUAUUUGUGUCUUUUUCUUGAUGGAUGAUGAUGAUAAAUGUUGUUGUUUUGUAGAGGUUUUACACAAAUCCAUGGAAGAGAAUGCAAAUAAAAAGAAUGGAAUUUUGCCUU